CUUGUAAAAUAUUUUCUACCGUUGUCCGCUUACUCCACGCGCCGGCAGUUAAAAGUUUGUGCAAGAUAAAUUCUAAGUGCAUGGCGAUGGAAGAGGACACAUCCGUUUUGCACCGUCUUUCUGAUAGACUUCCUUUCGAGCCAGACAGGCUGGCAGUGCUUUCAGAAAUGCUCGCAGCGGUGAAAAGGUUGGAAAAGCACGCACUGGAGGAAAACUUGAGGAACCUUCAGAUCAGUACGAUAUUCGAGUGCUUGAAUAGCAGUAAAAUGGACGAAGUGAUGAUCACAGGAGACAUCCUAAAAAGUCUCCUAAGCUCGAUGGACAGCAGUGAGGUACUCGCCCAAUACGGGCAGCUGCUGCAGGAGGCCAUCGCACACCCGACAGCAGAGGUGAAGCUCCUCGCCAUCAGGGAGCUAUUGCGUGCUGCUCAAACGGAUUCUCUUGUGCCAGUGCUGCGUCACGACGGUUUUCUUAUCACGACAGUGCCUUGUAUUUUUUCCGACAACUCUGCUGUGACCGAAGCAGCAAAGCGUUUCUUCGUCAAGGUGUGCGAUACCAAGUCCGGCCUGGACGCAUUCUUCUCCGAACCUUUGAUACGCUGCCUGAAUCAGCUCAUGAGCCACAGUGACGAACAUCGUCUCAGGGGCUACGAAUUCGUGGCUGACAUAGCUGCUAGUUUGGACAGUGCGCUCACGAGAAGCGUCGAGUGUGGUUUCUUGGGCCAGAUGCUUGAAGAACUGAAGGGUGACGACGUCCUGUUCCAAUUCAACAUCCUCUCUGUACUGUCCAAAAUCGCUUCAACGGAACACGGAUUUUACUACCUGAAGAAUGCUAGCUUACUCGCCCACGCCGAAGCCAAGCUAUGCACCUCCCACCCUGCAGCACUGGACACCUUCGUCCUCCCCGGCUACGUCAGGUUCUUCGGUAGCGUUUUCUACGCGAGGCCUGCCGAAGCUCACGAGGCGUGCCCUUCCGUCUUGCCGAAGCUGUUCGGAAUAGUCGCCGCGCCUGACAGCGACCUGUCGCUGCAAUCCGUCGCCAUGGAAACGAUCGGUCACAUCGUUGAGCCGGUGGCGGGCAAGCGCGUCUUGGACGGUCUCGGAACGGCCAUGCCGGAGCUGAUGGCUAGACUGAAGCAUUUCGCCAGGACGCUGCCCUUGGAAUACAAGGUCCGCGCUCUGAACGCGAUGGCCUGCGCCGUCGAUCUGCAACGCAGCGACCAGUCGGAGGAAACUCUGGCGCUGACGAGCCGCUGGUUCUCGACGGAAGCGUCCGGCUCGCCGCUGGACGUGGUGGUGGCGUUGUGCAGGCAGCCGUUCCCCGCGCUGAAGAUGGCCUGUCUGCAGCUGCUCAGCGUGCUCGCUGGCCAGCCCUGGGGGCUGGAGCUUAUCCGCGACUACCCAGGACUUGUCGACUUCCUGCUCGACAGGUCCGGCGAGCCCAGCAAGCUGUGCAAAGAGGCCAAGUACAACGUCGUGCAGACCAUCGUCGCUGCGCAUUCAGCUCACGAAAUAUUCGCAUUUGAGGCCCUUGACAAAAUGAAUACCUUCAUCCAGCAGGGCCCAUUCUACGUCGAUCUGCAGGCUGAAGUAGCGUUUGAGGAAGACGAGUAAACUUCACUCCACGCUUUGGCCUUUUUUUCUCGGUCUUUGACAAAGAUUAUUCCGUAAAAACUCUUGCAAAUGAUUUUCUACUUUACAUUAUCCUUUGCAAGACAACAAACCUACUCGUUUUCUAGUACUUGCUUUUCGUCUAUCCAUAUAACAGAAUUACAACUUUCUUGAAACUGCAUCACGCAAACUUCAUUAUCACACUGCCGUCACUGUGGUUGUGGUGUGAUAUCAUAUCAUUUGCUAUAUGUAAUACAUUUUCGUAUCGCGACCCCACACCUUUUGCAAUGAAAUGUAAGUAUUAUGAUAUAAUUUUUAUGUAUCCAUACUGUAAUGCUUGAUCAUAUUGUUGAGGAUCCGUCAAGAGCCAUAAAAAUAAAUACGUGAAUAAACGUUAAAUCAAAAUUUUGGAUA